AUGCCACCUUCCCUGUCAUUCUGGGAUUACUUUGUGAAAAGCCAUGAGAAGCAAAAUCAAAACCAAUGGAGAACACACUGUAUGGGCUGUGUGAAGCAUCGUCUGGGGCAAGCAGGGAUAGAGGCAGAGGACAUUGACAUGGAGUUUGUGCUGGGAUUCAAGAGCUCUCGAUUGGAGGCUGCCUGUAAUGCAGCUGGCAAUAUUUGCGGCAAGAAGUCAGCUUGGAUAGCGCAUAUCCUCGGAGGCAAGAAGGCC